CUAUAGCACUCCCUAUUACUAUUAAUCGCGCUGGUCACCAUUGCCGUCUUAUCGGGCUGCGCCAGGGUUAAUUUCACUUGCAGCUGGGAGCGCUGGGAUUUGGAGUUUGUGAGCGCUUUGUGUUUGUUACAACAGGAAUGUCACCGAGAUCAAACUGCAGAUCCCGACAUGCCGCACGCUGCAACAGAGCGGGGACUGGGAUUGGAAGCGGUGCCCAUAUACGGUGCAGGGCGCCUUGGGGUAAGAAACGUUUUAGUGUGUAAAGGUGGUGACACCAGCUGGACGCCGACCAACUUUGCAAAGACAAUAACAACGAGCUUGAUAGAAGCACGGAUGGGAGAUAUCUGUAAUGCAUGUGUCCUUCUGGUGAAGAGAUGGAUAAAACUGCCUGCUGGAUCAAAAAAAAAUUGGAGUCAUGUAGUUGAUGCACGAGCUGGUCCAGGCCUUAAAACACUUGUGAAGCCUAAGAAAAGGAAAGCCGGCAAUGAUAUUAAAAAGCAGAAUAAAUUGAAGCGUCUCCAGCAAAAACUAAAAAGACAGAAUUCGGAUGCACAUAGCACAACGUCUAGUAUUUCACCUUCACAGUCGCCUACCUACAGCAACCAAUCUGAUGAAGAGUCAGAUACAGAAACCCAGAAAGCUCUUUCCUUGCAACCAGUCUUUUCGUUUCUGGAUCUGACAUACUGGAAAAGGCAAAAGAUUUGCUGUGGCAUUAUCUACAAGGGCCGUUUUGGUGAGGUGCUGAUUGAUCCUCGUCUUUUUAAACCUUGUUGUGGUACAAAAAAGAACUCCAAAGCUACAACAGAGGUUGAAACAGCACUUCAGAUUAUUCAAGGAAAACGGUAAUAUGUUCUGUAGCAACUGGACAUUCACCUCUGGUCACAGCCUGUAUUUGUCUUUUUGUCUCCAGUGGCAGACUUUAAGAAUUUGAUAUAAUUUUGUCCAAGUCAUCUCAUUUCUCUUGAUGAGUAAUUGCAUUUCUCUUGAUCAGUAACUGCUUGAAGCAGUGAACUCGGUUUUAUAAAUCUCCAGUGUGCUAGCUAUUUUAAAAGUAGGCUGGCCAUUCAUUGACGUUUUGUUUGAAAUCUCCAGGCGUACAUUUGAAAUGGAUUUUUGUUGUCAUUAUGUUUAAAGAGAAUGAUUUAAUUUUGAUUAGGUGGCAUUUUAAAUUGUAGAUUUGUCUUCCUGGAAACAUUUCUAUUUUACAGUUUUUAAGUUUAAUAUUAUCAAAGUGUAUUGCUGUUCAUUUGUCCAUUAUUCAAUCCCAGCUCUGCACCUCAACCUCACUCCCUGCAUCUCACCUUGAACUCCUCACUGAAUCAAUGGAUUAUUUGAGCUCAAUUACCAGAGUUGCCAAAUUAAUCUGGUAUGUGGGAUGUGCAAUAACUAUUUUUCGUAUUUUGGUACGAUGCUAGCAGAUACUCUUGUGCAGAGGCAAUUUUUUUAUUGUUCCUUAACUCACUGGGAAAUUGAGGACUAUUUUCUGUUACCUACCCCAGUGUAUUUUUAAGUAUAUCAAUUUUUUAAAGAGUAAAACAUGUGAAAUAAAUGUUUUGUAC